UCUAUAUCCUAGACAUGAUAUUCACUGGAAAUUUGAAGUAUUUCCUUUGUUGCUGAUAGGUGCACUAUACAACGAAUCAAAUGAUGUCAUGAUAAAUGCAACAGUCACACACAUCACACACUACAUAUAUUGUCAGCAUUGUGAGAUGUUCCCAUUGCCGAUCUAAUGAGACAUCACUAUGCUUUAACACAACCCAUGUAUUUCAACUCUUCUUGUUUUUCGUUAUCUCUUCUGUCUUUUGCGCUUCUUUCUCUUCAUCUCCAUGCUUGGUCGUCCUCAAAAACAUGUAAUAGAGGAUAGCACAAUGAGCAACAAAGCAUAAGAGUAAAUAUUGUGAACACUACAACCAUACAGCCACAAAGCCCAACAUAUCAGACUGACAGCCAUACAGCCACAAAGCCCAACAUAUCAGACUGACAGCCGCACGGCCACAAUGCCCAACAUAUCAG